UGCCGCAGAUGACCGCUCCUGAGUAGCGCCGAGGGGUCGGGAGGGACGGCUCGGAGGGGAGAGCCCGAGGGGCCGGCCGGGAAGACGAGGAUAGCGGUGGAUAGCGGUGUGCGGAAGAGGACGGACCCGCGAGCAGCUCCACGGCUACCUGUCGACACAUGCUGUGCUCCAUGGCUAACUCGGGCUGCCUCCUUGUCUCCAACUCAGGCAUGCUUCCUCACUCUCUCCCCUGUCCUCCAGCCUUCCUCUACCUCCAACAGGGUAACCAGGACGCCACGGCCCCGCCGGACGCGAUGGCUCAGCCCUACCCCCCGGCCCAGUACCCCCCCCCCCCCCAGAACGGCAUCCCCGCAGAGUUCGCCCCGCCGCAGCCGCACCCCACGCAGGACUACUCGGGGCAGAGCUCGGUCCCGGAGCACGCCAUGAGCCUCUACACACCAGCACAGAGCCACAGCGAGCAGCCCGGCAGCGAGGCCAGCACGCAGUCCAUAGCAGGGACACAGACAGUACCGCAGACAGACGAGGCGGCACAGACAGACAGCCAGCAGCUACACUCCUCAGACAACACAGACAAGCAGCAGCCCAAGAGGUUACACGUCUCCAACAUUCCCUUUCGAUUCCGGGACCCCGACCUGCGGCAAAUGUUUGGGCAAUUCGGGAAAAUUCUGGAUGUGGAGAUCAUUUUCAAUGAGCGGGGCUCCAAGGGUUUUGGGUUUGUAACUUUUGAAACUAGCACAGAUGCCGACCGGGCACGGGAGAAGCUGAAUGGCACCAUCGUAGAGGGCCGGAAGAUUGAGGUGAACAACGCCACGGCCCGGGUCAUGACCAACAAGAAGGUGGCCAACCCCUACACCAACGGCUGGAAGCUGAACCCAGUGGUGGGAGCAGUCUACGGCCCCGAAUUCUACGCAGGUAACAUUGGGCUGCAGCAGUACCUGCUGUGGGUUCCCCCAAACAUCAGCUCUGCACUGGGUCUGCCACUGCACUGUGCAGUGAGCAGUCACUGGGCCCUUUCCCUGUCCUUCAUACCUGCCUGGUCCCCGCCGCCGCCCAUCCCCGCCUACGGCGCGGUCGUCUACCAGGACGGGUUCUACGGAGCUGAGAUCUACGGGGGCUAUGCUGCCUACAGGUAUGCCCAGCCCGCAGCAGCAGCGGCCGCCUACAGUGACAGCUAUGGCAGAGUGUACGCAGCUGCAGACCCCUACCACCACACCAUCGGCCCCGCCGCCACCUACAGCAUCGGCACCAUGUGAAUCCGUGGCUGUUUCCUUCUGGGACCAGGAAGGGCAAAAAUAAUCCACACACACAAACAAUCAAAAAAAA